UUCAUCUUCCUUACGCUUCCCUGGGGUUCUCUUACUUCUGGAUUCUAACCGUGAGUUGUGAGAAGCAACGCGGAAAACGGAAUGGAGACUCCAGCUUGUUUUAAACGAGCUGUAUUACCCCGCACAGCGCAGGAGAAAAGAUAAUUGGCUCAGGUCUCGGCUCUGCCAUCUACCACCUGUGGAGCCUUAGCUAAGUCAGUUCAUAUCACUGUCACUCAACGGUCUCGGUCUUGUCAUCUUUUACAUGGAAUGUCAUGAAAUAUACAGUACAUUGCAGGAACUGCCUCAGGUAAAGACUUCUAGGAUUCAGUAGGUCUCAGUCGAUCCCUCUGAGAAAGGCCGCACCCUAAACGCACAGACUCUGACUCUAAGGGGGUGGGGUCGGGGAAUCUGCAUUUUAGUAGCUUCUCAGGUGAUUCAGAUGCUCAGUCAGGAUUGAGAAACCAGGACUCUUCCCAGCCCUCCUGUUCUCUGAUCCACUUCUCUGCUUCCUCCACGUCCUAACGAUUCUCCAGUUCCCGCACAGCAGCAGCGGAGGGAAGAGGGGAGAGAAUGCACCGCUACCGCUAAGGACCGCUGGCCCCGCCAGGCGGCCGACCUCCCCAUUCCAGGGGCGCCAGCCGGCGGAUUACAUAACGGGCCUCGGGGCGCGCUCUCGCGAGGUUUCCACCGCCCCCUCCUCGCUCCACGUCAGAGGGAACCGGGCGGAGCGGCCAACAUGGCGGAACGCAGGAGACACAAGAAGCGGAUCCAGGAAGUUGGUGAACCAUCUAAAGAAGAGAAGGCUGUGGCCAAGUAUCUUCGAUUCAACUGUCCAACAAAGUCCACCAAUAUGAUGGGUCACCGGGUUGAUUAUUUUAUUGCUUCAAAAGCAGUGGACUGUCUUUUGGAUUCAAAGUGGGCAAAGGCCAAGAAAGGAGAGGAAGCUUUAUUUACAACCAGGGAGUCUGUGGUUGACUACUGCAACAGGCUUUUAAAGAAGCAGUUUUUUCACCGAGCCCUAAAAGUAAUGAAAAUGAAAUAUGAUAAAGACAUAAAGAAAGAAAAAGAUAAAGGAAAAGCUGAAAGUGGAAAAGAAGAAGAUAAAAAGAGCAAGAAAGAAAAUAUAAAGGAUGAGAAGACAAAAAAAGAAAAAGAGAAAAAAAAAGAUGGUGAAAAGGAAGACUCCAAAAAGGAGGAAACUCCAGGAACUCCUAAAAAGAAGGAAACUAAGAAAAAAUUCAAACUUGAGCCACAUGAUGAUCAGGUUUUUCUGGAUGGAAAUGAGGUGUAUGUAUGGAUCUAUGACCCAGUUCACUUUAAAACAUUUGUCAUGGGAUUAAUUCUUGUGAUUGCAGUAAUAGCGGCCACCCUCUUCCCCCUUUGGCCAGCAGAAAUGAGAGUAGGUGUUUAUUACCUCAGUGUGGGUGCAGGCUGUUUUGUAGCCAGUAUUCUUCUCCUUGCUGUUGCUCGAUGCAUUCUAUUUCUCAUCAUUUGGCUCAUAACUGGAGGAAGGCACCACUUUUGGUUCUUGCCAAAUCUGACUGCUGAUGUGGGCUUCAUUGACUCCUUCAGGCCUCUGUACACACAUGAAUACAAAGGACCAAAAGCAGACUUAAAGAAAGAUGAGAAGUCUGAAACCAAAAAGCAACAGAAGUCCGACAGUGAGGAAAAGUCAGACAGUGAGAAAAAGGAAGAUGAGGAGGGGAAAGUAGGACCAGGAAAUCAUGGAACAGAAGGCUUGGGGGGAGAACGGCAUUCAGACACGGACAGUGACAGGAGGGAAGAUGAUCGAUCCCAGCACAGUAGUGGAAAUGGAAAUGAUUUUGAAAUGAUAACAAAAGAGGAACUGGAACAGCAAACAGACGGGGAUUGUGAAGAGGAGGAGGAAGAGGAAAAUGAUGGAGAAACACCUAAAUCUUCACAUGAAAAAUCAUAAUCUGACUAAUUUUGGGACUGAAUGAAUAAGUACAAGAGGUUGGAUUUUCUAUGUUGGCUGAUUACCAUAUUGAACACAUGGCAUUUGUAGCAUUCUUUAAAUCUAUUUACUGAAAUGUAUUUGACAUUCAAGCAGUUAUAUUCAGUCCUUCAUUUUAUAGAAUAUUGGCACUAUUAUUGGUACAGUUUAAAGCCAUUAAUGUGUUUUAUCCAUUUGAUAAUUUUACAGUAAGUAGGUCUCAUUCAUUUUGACAGUUAUCAAAGAUGUACUUUCCACAAUUAAAUUUACAUUAAUGGCAAUUUUGAUAGUUUUAUGGCUUUUUACUGUUAGACUAAUCAAAAAUAACUUUAAAAGGAACAAAGAAACUCCAGCAUUUCACAUUAUGCAUAGUUAUGUAGCCAUUUCACAGUUUCUUUAAGAUGUGUAAACUCAUUGUUCUUGAUAGUUCUUUUAUUUUUCAUUAUAAAAUUAUACCAGGAGAUUUGUUUUACAAUUCUGAGUUAGCAGAGUUCAAAACUAUUUUGUGGAAACAAGCCAACUAGUAACAAUGCAGCAACACUUCUGGUUUAGCUAAAUUCUUUUUCCAAUGUAGGAAAUCCACACUGAUUUGUACGUCUGACUCAGAGAAAGAUGGUCAUCUCCAACAGAGAAAGUGAACAGCAUUUGUUGGAAGGUGAUGGCUCUCCCUCCUCCCUCCCCAUUUCAUUGUCGUAACGUAAAGUGUAUUCUGUACAUAAUUUACAAAUAAAACAUUUUAUUUUAAUUGUUACUUAUUAUUUAGAUAUUUCUCAACACUUAAAUUCAUAAAAUUAAGACCAUGUAAGGGUAUGUUUUUAGAGAAAUGGAAGUUUGAGUAACCCACAGAACAUCUGUGAUCUUUCUACAGCAGCUUCAGUUUUGUGCCAACAUUCCAUGUAUUUUGAAUAUGAGCAAAAACUGAUCUUUAUUAAAUAAGAGCAGACUUAAAGUAGCUUUGUACGCCUUAAUGUUCAUUUUGAUUUAUUUUAAAUCUUUACAUUCAGAAAUGAGAUACUGUAUUAUCAGACCAGGAGACAUUGCUGUGAAAGAUAAUUUCCUAUUCUAAAAUAUCAAAUUUAAAAUAAAGAUAAUAAAAGAAAA